CAUGGAUGUCCCCUAUAAACGCCCACAUCACAACUUCAGCUAAGACGCCAAUGUGACCAUAAACAAAUGCUGAUGGGUGGAGUUGCCAUGUUGCGACUGACAGUUACACAUUGCCACUCAAGCCAGGACCAGACCAAACGUGCAGAGUGGCACUGACAGCUUGAACUCAUGGGUCAGGUAAACACUAAACCUAAUGCUUUUUCUUCCGCAGACAACACCUUUGAGGCUCUUUUUCGUGCAGUUUCUGCAGAAGCAUUUCCCACCCAAGCCGUUCCCUGGAGACAUCGUGGAGUAUCCGAGGAACAAAUACUUCUCCCACUUUGCCAUCUACUAUGGGGAGAAGGAUGGCGUUCGCUACGUGGCUCACCUGACAUCCCGAGAUUCAGACUCCAAACUCCCACUCUUUGGCCGGGCCCUGAGGUCGGAAGUCAAAUUGGAUCCGCUCGAGCUGCUGGGGAAAAAGUACAAGGUGAACAACAUGCUUGAUGACUGCUUCCCAGCCAGAGAUUUCCACAGUAUUGUGAAACAGUCCAUUGACGACAUGAUCGGACAGGAAGUGACCUUUGACAUUUUGUUCCACAACAGUGAGCACCAGGCGACACUCUUUAGAUACGGAGUCAAAAAGUCACAGCAGAUUGAAAAAAUCUACGAGCACAUCAUGCCUGCAUGGGAGAAGCUCCUUGAGGAGAAGAAGCUGUGAAGGUGCUUCAGAUGUAUUUCUCAAUCUCAAUUAUAUUGACAAGAUUAAGAUUUACAUAAACUUGUAACAAUAUUACACGAUCAAGUCAUUUUCUUUCUUUCACUGAAUCAUCUUGAUUGCUCCCUUUUAAGAAAAUUGUUCAAAUAAUGAUAUUCAAAAACUGUUUUUUGUCAAAUAAAACACAUUUUGCGUGUGAACGUUGAAAUAUUUUGUUUUUUCUCGUGUUUUUAAGCGUUUGACUUUUUA